AUGGGAGAUGCAAAUGCUAGAAAGGAAAUUGAGGAGACUUCUCAGAAUACUCCAAUUACCAAGGGAACUGCUCAUCUUGAGCAGACAUUGCUGAAAUUUCGGGAGGAAUUGGACCAAGUCCGGAACUUGCCAAUAUCAGGUGCAUCUGACUCAGAUGAUAAAGACUCCCUUAUCAGGAAUUUGGCCGCUGAACUCAAGAAGUUAGCCAGCCGGGUCCAGGGUGUCGAAGGUGAUCCCAAGGUCCAUCUAAGAAUGUAUUGUGAUAAGCUGGUAGGAGUUGGAAGGCACGAGAAGAUCCGCAUGAAGCUGUUCAUGAGGAGCCUGAAAGGCGAUGCCUUAUCUUGGUACAUCAGCCAGGAUUCAAAGAAAUGGACAAGUUGGGUGAGAAUGGCAUCCGAUUUUAUGGACCGAUUCAGGUUCAACACAAAGAACGCACCAGAUGUGUUAUACAUUCAAAAUUUGAAGAGGAAACCCACAGAAAGAGCAUAUGAACAGGGUCAAAAAUUCUCCGACAUCAUUAAGUUGGGAGAGAGGAUUGAAGAAGGUAUCAAGAAUGGUAUGGUCACUAAUCUCGAAGCUUUACAGGCCACCAACAAGGCCUUACAAUCUGGUGUCACGACAAAGAAAUGGGACGUGAAUUCUCUAAUGGCUGCGCAAAGAACCAAAUCCCCUAUGAAAUACCAAACAUAUCCCUCAACUCCACUCACAUAUCAACCUUCCCAAAAUUACAAAGCACCCUCACCCACAUACCAAAUUCCACCACCCGCCUACCAAUCACUUCCACCACCCAUAUAUCAACCCACUUCACCAAGAUAUUCCCAACCUGCACCUGUGUACCAAGCAUAUAACUCCCAACCUUCUCAUUCCCCAUCACCACCUACUCGCCAAAGCUUUCCUCGACCCAGACCAAAUUUCGACCGCAGACCUCCCAGAUAA